AUGCUUUCUGCCGUGCGAGUUCCGGCUUCAACAGCCACAGCUACAGCCACAGUGAUAAUGAUCCACGGGCUGGGAGAUUCUGGAAAUGGGUGGAAGUUCCUGGCUGAUAUGGCCCACUCUUCACCAAGGUUCAAGAAUGUGAGAUUUGUGUUUCCCAAUGCUCCGGAAAUUCCUAUAACUGUGAACGGGGGAAUGAAAAUGCCGGGCUGGUUCGAUAUAGCGGAGUUUGGAAAAGAAUCCAACACGGACGCCGAAGGGUUCAUCAAUUCGUGUGGGGUGAUUCAGGAUCUUAUCCAGUACGAACUUGACCACGGUAUUAAGGGCGAGAAAAUCAUUGUUGGGGGAUUCUCUCAGGGAGCCGCUUUGGCUUUGGCAACUGGCGCCCUCUCAGAUGUGAAAUUGGGCGGGAUUGUGGGACUUUCUGGUUUCGUGCCUUGCAAGGAGAAGGUCCAGGAAUUGGCCAAAAACACCAACUUUGCGACUCCAAUCUUUAUGGGCCAUGGAGACGCAGACCCGGUAAUCUCGCACCGUUAUGGUCAGUUGACCAGCGAGUUUUACAAGCAGCUCGGCUUCAAGGACCUUGACUUCAAGACGUAUCCACAUCAGGGUCACACUGCAGGUGACGAGGAGCUAGCUGAUUUGUUUGAGUUUCUGGGAAAGAUUGUUUGA